ACUCUAAGCCACAAGUAACAAACGAAGCGCGAGCGCGCCCGCAGCAAAGGAUAAUCAAAGCGCCAAAUUCGGUUUCAACUAAUGUGCAAUCAAAAAACAAACAAAGUGAAGACGAAACCCAAAAACUGAAACAAAUAUUAUAUAUGAACGAUAUCUGUAAACUGAGUUAUCGAGUGGCUAAUACAAUGACGACCUGCAUCUGGCUGCUGGCCCUUGUGGCGGCCAUCAAUGCCCGCUCGCUGCAAGUGCCGCGUGGAUAUGGCAUUCCCCAUCCUCCUCCACAUAAUCCGUACUAUUACUCGCCCUAUACCUAUGCGGCUGCUAGAGCCUAUGCUGGAGUUCGGCCCAGUCCGAUGCUCUACAACCCGCCGGGCAGUUACUACGACAGCAUUUACGGCGUGCACAGAUUCCUGCCGGGUGGCGGAAAUCCUAUAGCUGUGGACUAUAACAAUCGUUGCUCAAGGAAUUACGUGGGCAUUAAGCCCCAUCCCGAUCAGCAGCAAUACUACUAUGUGUGCCAACCCAACUGUGUCAUCUUCAGCAAGUGCCCCGAGCUGAAGAAAUUCAGUUCGAGCACUGGCCGCUGCGUGGAACGCGUGAAUCCCGAUUAUCCACCGAUUUGCAAAAAGGAGGGUCGAUUCGCCUAUCAAUACGAUUGCAGAAUCUAUUACAAAUGCGAUAGGAAUUUGACGCCACAGCUCUACGGCUGUCCCACAGGCACCAUAUUCUCGCAACUGGAAGGCAAGUGCAUACCCGGCGAUGAGUGUCCUUCGACAGAGAUAUCGAACAGCGGCAGCUAUAUACCGGAAAACUGCGAGCUCAAGUUUCCCGAAUGCACGACAGAGGGCACGUUUAGAUCACCGAAGGACUGCGCCUUGUACUACACCUGCAAAUUGCAGCCCAGUGGAAACUAUUUGCAAACGCGUUUCAAAUGUCCUGGCAACAACAGCUACGACCCGAAGCGAAAACUUUGCCGACCCCAUCAUGAAGUCGAUUGUCAAGGCUAUCUAUCCUAUGCGCCCAUUUCGCCUUAUCAGCCAUAUAUCUCCGAAGCAGACUUUGACGCAGAGGCACAAGAGAAACAACCAGAGCAGCCAGAGACGAGCUCGAUAUCCAAGGACUCUAAAGCAGCAAGCAUUGACAAUCCUAAGCCAAGUGUUCAACUAGUUAUAUUGCCUACGAAGCCUACACCCAAACCAACAACGACAACAACAACGGUUGCCACGCCUACAGCGCCCACAAACAAAUAUCCAGACUAUCCAUCAUAUCCGUCGUAUCCUUCGUAUCCGUCAUAUCCGUCGUAUCCGUCGUAUCCUGCAUACCCUUACUAUCCCUCGAAUCCCACAUAUCCUAACUACAACUACGGAAGUCCGCUAAUAGAGCCAGCAGCGCUGCUUGAAGAGAAUCCAGACCCAGAAUCUUCAGUAAAAAUUGUUAUCAUCCCAACAACGGACAAGCCAGCACCAGAUUGUGAUAAAUACCCUCCGAAAUACCCCUACCCUACAUAUCCUUCCUACCAAAAGACCGACUCCACCACAGCACCAACCACAACUUCAACUACAACUGUCAAAAGCACGGACGCUCCGACUAGUAUCUUAGAGUUGAAUACUUUUCAGAUUCAACCGUCAGGUGUUGCCUUAAAAAGUUUAAGCCAGCAAAAAAUUGUUAUUUUGCCCCCGGCACCCAAAAGCACAAUCCAAACAACAACUGAAGAGCCAAUCAUUACCACAGUGGUGCUCAGUACAUCCGAUGCACCAUCUACAACUACCAAGCCAACACCUACUAGGCCAAAACCAACGAGGCCAACUGUCAGGCCACCACCAGCUACCACACCUUCAACGACAACAAAGACCUCUACAACAACUACAAAACCAAGCACAACAACUCCACAGCCAACGACAACAACAAGGCCGACAACGACCACAAUAACCACUCCUAAACCAACAACAACUGUAAAGCAAACAACAGCGAAACCAACAACAGCUCCUACACAACCAACAACUCCUCAGCCAACAACAACUUCUCAACCAACAACAACAACCCAACCAACAACAACAACGUCUCAGCCCACAACAACUCCUCAACCAACAACAACAACCCAACCAACAACAACAACCCAACCAACAACAACUCCUCAACCAACAACAACAACGCCUCAGCCAACAACAACGCCUCAGCCAACAACAACUCCUCAACCAACAACAACAACUCAACAAACAACAACUCCUCAGCCAACAACAACUCCCCAGCCGACAACAACCACGCAGCCAACCACAACAACUCAAUCAACGGCUCCAACAACAACAACUCCUCAACCAACAACAACUCAACCAACGACGCCUACAACAACAACGCCUAGGCCCACAACAACUCCUGAGAUAACAACAAAUAGUCCUGAGCCAACAACAACUGUAAAAUCAACCACUUUCAAGCGAGAAACCACCAAUGAGGUUACGACUUCCAAAUUAACGACAAGUCCUAAGCCAACCACAACUAGUCAGGCCCAAACUACACCAACAACCCCCAAGCCAACAACUAACAAACCUACAACCACAACUCCUAAGCCAACAACAACUACUGAGGCAACAACAACUCCCAGACCAUCAACUACUACUACUAUACCAACAACAACUACAACAUCGGAGGUAACAACUGGUAAACCAAUAACAACUAGCAUUCUAACGACAAGUUCGAAUCCAAAAACUACGUCAAAUCCAACUACAACACCCGAGGCCACAACAACUACUCCACCAACAACAACAACACAACCAACAACACAACCAACAACAACAACUCAACCAACAACAACUCCUCAACCAACAACAACUCCCCAACCAACAACAACUCCUCAACCAACAACAACUCCCCAACCAACAACAACUCCUCAGCCAACAACUCCCCAACCAACAACAACUCCUCAGCCAACAACUCCCCAACCAACAACAACUCCUCAGCCGACAACCACCCCUCAGCUUACAACAACUUCCAAGCCCGCAACCACUCCUCAAUCCACAACAACACCUAAGCCAACGACAACUCCUAAGUCCACAACAACUCCUCAGCCAACAACUCCCACAACCUCUCCUAAACCAUCCCCAACUGCCGAUCCAACGACAACUCCUAGGCCUACAACAGCUGCUCAGCCAACAACAAGUCCUAAGCCAACGACAAGUUCUCAGGCAACGACAACUCCUAAGCCAACGACAACAUCGAAGUCAUCGACAACCCUCAAGCCAACCACAACGCCUCAACCAACAACAACCAAAACACCAACGACACCGCAACCAACAACCUCGAUAGCGACAACAACCAAACAGCCAACGACUCUGCCGCCAACAACAACAAACACCACUGCAACAUCUGAACUAACCACAGCCACCAAACUGCCCCCAUGUCAACCUGAAGACACACAAUGCAUACAACAACAACAACAGCAACAACAACACCUCAACAACAUCAAACACACAGAAACCGAAACCCAAUUUGUUAUAAACAAAUCGAGCAAAAAUCUAUUUGGGGAAAGAGAUUCGCCAUCCUCGCUGUUAUCCAAGAGCUUAGUUUCCAGCGAGGGUAGCUUAGAUUAUAUGAACGAUGAGCCCGAACCGGAAGUGGAGAGCACCACAGCGAAGUGGACAACGGAAAAGCCACUAGCGAAGCCCUCGACCAUGUCCAGCAUUGCUGCAGCACAUAUACUCAAAAAGCUCUUCCAAGUAAUAUCGACAACAGCUGCACCCGUAUCGAAGGUAACCUUUGCCCAAAUGGCGAGGCACAAUUUGGCCACAUCAAAGCCCUUUAUAGCCGUGUCGUUGAGACAGUCGAUCAAGCAGCUGACGCGCGAAUUACCAAUACCACAAAAUGCCACCAAAGAAGCUGAAGCUGACGAUUCGGAGUACUAUGAUAGCGAAUACGAUACGAAUGAGCUGGAGAAUGUGGUUGAUAAGCAUGAUCUGGCAGAUAUAAAGUUAUCAAUGAACAGUACAACUGGCACCACCAAGAGCACCACUGCGGCUAUAAGUUCAGUUGAAAGCACCACAAAGCCAAUGGCCAUACCAGCUGUUGCUGCUAUUGAUCCGCUAGAAACUAGCUCCAGUGUGCCCGUGCCAGCUGUAGCUAAUGCAACUGUACCCAAGUCCGAUGAUAAAGAUUACUCCGAAAACUAUGUGGACUCGGACUAUGCCAAUGAUGAGCCCAUGGAAGAGGCUCAACAGACCACUGCAAAACCCGACUUGAAUGCUCAAAAGCAGACGCUGAUCCAACUGCUAAAGCAGAAAAUAAUCCAAGCAGCCAACACCGUAGCGCCUGCACCACAAAGCUCCACCACCACCAAGGCUUCAAACUUGUUUGCAAAUGAAAUUGCAAGCAGUCGAAAUGACUUGAGCGUGCCAAAAAGCCUAUUGAUGAAUCUGCUAAGACAGAAGCUGAGUAGAACGAGCACCACUUUAACACCACUCAGCAGUAGCAGCAGCAGUAGCAGCAGCAGCAGCAGCAGUAGCACAACUGCUGGCACCACAGCGCGUACCACAACAACCAAGAGCCUAAACGCAAUCGGUAGCAGCUCAGAAUACUACGACGAUGAGGAUUAUGAGUAUGUAAACGAUGCAGAGGAAGCAGACAGAGCCACGAGCGCAGCUACAGAAGCCACCAUUAAGCAGACAGCGCUUAGAGCCGCCACGGCCAAGCGACACUCCCUACUCCCGUCUCUCGACCAGGUGAAUGGGUUAACGAGCGAGGCCAACCAGCAACAAAUGUCCGAGACUUCUGCACUUAAGCCACAAAGUGUGCCGCUGCCUGUACCCGCAUUUCUCAAGCAAUCAGCGAAGCAAUUUAAUGAAAUAUCAAAGCAUAAAUCAAAGAAUGACCAUUUUCUAGAUAGCAACAGCAUAGUAAAAGCCAAAACAACAGCAACAACAACAAUAGCUGCAAGCAAUGCUCGCACCACACUAUCAAAUAGGGGCCAGGAGAUAAAAUCGAGUCGUACACAAUUUUUGAAAUCAAACAGCACCACAGUAAAACCCAACACAACAACCGCCAGCGCCACUAGCAACACACAGACAGAAGCAGCAGCAGCAGCAGCAGCAAUCACACACCAACAGACGCUCACACCUAAUGAAAAUCCUACACAAUUCCUAUCAAACCAAAGCGUAAGUCCUACAACUACAACCACCAGCACCACUCGCGACACCCUUCCACGAGCUGCGGUAGCCACGCGCCAAGAGAUGCCCACACUGAAAGAAAAUCCUACACAGCAAUCGAAAUCGAACAGCACCACAGUAAAGCCUAAAACGACAACCACAACAACAUCCAGCAGCACCACUCGCAAUACACAGCCAACAUCAGGACCCACACGGCAAGAGAUGUUCACUUUUAUGAAAAAUUCAAUACAGCAAUUGCAACUAAACAAAAACACAGUAAACCCUAAAACAACAGCAACUACAAUCCCCACCACAACCACGAGCACCACACAAGCGACACCGACAGAGAAGUUCAGAAAUACACGUCAAGAAAAACUACAGACACUGCAAAGUCUAAAUCAAGUAAGAGAUUUAAAAACAGCAACCACCAGACCAACCACUCGCACCACUCAACAGACAAAAGUGCCAGCACCAACCACACACCAAGAGAUUCUAACGGUUAAUCAAAAGCCGUGGCUGCUGCAAUCAAAGAAUCAAAGCAUACACCUAAUGCCGCUACAAGCGGCCAGCGCUAGCAAUAGCAACCCAGUGACUCACUCGAAUCGUUCAUCAUUAUUAGAGUAUACAACGGCCGGCUACUAUACGACGGAAAAGGUGCCCGAGCUAAUAUUGAAGGUAUACGAGCCCAUCGAUGUGAAGGUCGUUUUCUGUCCCAGAAACUGUGACGAGGACCACGAUCAUAAAUAUGACCCAGCUGAUAAUUAUAAGUCGAAUUGUACGACGGGUUGUGAUACGCCCAAUCCGAAAACUCAUCACAGCGUAGAUUUAUGGUGGAAGCCACUCGAACUGAAGGAUACGGCGGGUUUCCAGACAAUAACAUAGAUACCCAUAUAUAUAUAGACUACAUCUAACCGCUCUUAAUAUGGCUAAACAACAUUAACUAUAUUAAACUAAAACUACGUUCAUACACUCAUAUAUAUAUUUAGAUAUAUAUAUAGUUACAUAUACAUUUUAUUAAACAUAAAUUGAAUAAA